AGGAAGUAACACACUGGAGACACAAUCAUUCUGACAUUACUAUUUACUGCAUCGAGUGGAGUAAUAGAUCCUGUAGAUCCACACGCAAAUUCAUUUGACAAGUGACAUAAGAAGAUAGCGUAAUCGCAAAUAAUCGUUCAUUCGAUGCGCUAAAUUCCCCUUCGUAAUACGUUGUUUCACGGCGUUUUGAGUUGACUGAUCAACGCAAAUGUGACCGCGAUAUCAAGGCUCGCUUUGACGAUGUGCCGCAAGAAUUUUCACGCCGCAGUAUGAAAAAUCGAUUACACCAUUAUAUCUGCAUUUUCGUCGUGCUCGAGAUAUUACAAUCGUCAAUUUGUUAUGCGAAAACCAUCAGCGAUACUCGCAGAACAAAACGAGAGUUAUCUAUUGCUGAAACAUCACAAUUAGAAGGAGACGCUAACCAUGCGAAAGAGAUAAAUUUAGAACAUGAAGAGGAAAGCGACAAUGAUGACCUCGAAAAGGAUGGUAUGCAUCAGGACGACACGAAAAAGGAACGGAAAAUUUCGAGGAAAGCCGCAAAUGCCGUAAUCUCCGCCGAUCUCCAUCCAUCGAACGCUGAAGAAUCUUUCGAUCUUGACAAUGCGUCCAAUUCGCAACACUCGAAUGAGGGAUCAGAGGGAACGGAAGAAGAGGAUGAAGAGGCGAUAAACCGUGAACGUGAUAAAAACGAAGAAGCGAGUAAUCUCGUACGUUUACCCCGUGGCGUAAAUGGUGAUUUCAAUAGAUACACCGAUCAAGAUGAGAGAUCGAGUUUGUACGACGACUACGAGGCGAAAGACGUCGCGAAGCGCGGCGUUCUAAGCGGCUCGAAGGAUUACGAGGAAGUGGAAGACGACUCGCCGGGAAUAGAGGAUAUGGCUGCAGUGCAAGAGUCAACAAAUGAAGCUGAAAACGGAGAAACGCCGAAAGAUGCUCGAGUGAAAAGAGACCAAGCGGAAAUUUCAGAAAUGGUUGAUAAAUCCAAGUCAAGCCUAGAUGAUUCAGCCGUGUUAGAAGAAUCGAAAACUGCAGCAAAGAAUCCUUACUCGCGCGACGUUUCUCAUAUCGAAUCGUCGAAAAGUAUUAAUGAAGCGCCAGCAUCCAGUGACAAAGAUUUCGAAUCGAAGGACGUGAUCUCGAAGUUGAGCGAUUCUUCCAAAAUCCAAGAGCCAGCGAGCAUAGUUGCCUCGUCCAAAAGAGACGAAUCGAACGCGGAAUACGAGAAACGCGUGGAAGAGGAGAUUCAACGGAAAAUCGAUUCGAUUAAAGAGGAGAUUCAACGAGACAUCGAGACGCAACAACGAAUAAGAGACAUCGAGGACAACAAUGCCAGAUUCGAUGAAUUGCAGAAUCAAGAGAACGAGGAUGAGGAAAGGCAGAUUUUCCAGGGUGAACCGAUCAAGAAGCGCCAGACCACAGAUCCAAGAGCCAAGAGAUCCGUACGAGAGAGCGCCGAUGAUGCGAUUGCUUCUUUACAGAGAAACGACAAGAAACGAUCUUUAAAAAGAGAUCAGCAUAAAAAGCGGCAACAUCGAUCUGGCAAAAUCGAUAAAUUGGAUAGUUCAAAGGAGAAUGAAAAUUUGAAUAGAAUCGUAGUCGCUAAUCACAAGUCUUCCGAGCAAAUUCCUUUGAAAGAGUUUUCCAAAACAAAACGCGAGCGCGUCAGGCAAGUUUUCCUGGUGAAUAACGAUCAACGUCAGAAAAGGAGGAGGCAACUGAGAAGCUACACGUUGCCAUCUGAUCGGACAGCCGAAAAUGAAUUAUUUAUGAAUCCCGAUUUGAAUUCUUAUCUGCGUCCGAACAAAAUGCUCAAAGCAUCUUCACUUGUUGGCAGCGAUGAUGAGAAUAACGAGGAAGAACAGAGUCCUACAGCAGAACACUCCGAUUCUUUAUUAUCUCUUACUGGAAGUUCGCAGGAAUUGAAUCCACGUUUAGAGAAAGAGUACAAAGAGGCCUUCGGUGGAUUGCAGAGUGAGCCUGGCAACGCUCUAGCCAGAUUCAAGAGGGUCAAACGUGUGCUAACUAACGGCCCUAACGCAAAAAUUAAAAAUUUUGGCAAGGUAUAAAAUGACACAAAUUAAUCUUUUUUUAAUCAUUUUUAGAGUAAAAUAUUUCUAGCAUACCAAAAAUAAAAUUAUAUAAAAAAGUAUAGAUACUUUUGAAUUGUAAUCCUAAUAGCAAAAAAUUUAAUAAUAGGAAUGCGUAGGGAUAGACGUAGAAUUAUAGAUAUUAAAAGCAGAAUGAUACAUUUGUAAUUAAUAGAAAAGAUUAUAAUUAUAAUAGAAAUAUAAUGUCAUUAAUUACGAAACAUUCCGAGAUUAUGAAUCGAUUUAAUUAUAGUUUAAAUAAAUAAUAUAUAAAUUCUUGAUACACAGA